UUUGAAGACGAGAGCACCAACGUGUGCGCGCCAGGCAUUCACUUGUAUCUGAGGUUCAGAAAGAACAGUGCCAAUGAGACUACGGCAAAUUUAAACCAACAAGUUCCUUUGUUUUAAUUAGAGCGUGUAUCUUAUAGAAGCUCAGCUGAGUUAAAUCACCGAUAUGGGUGGCACGCGAAACUCUUUCUUCUCCUGGCACCGGAGGAUGUUCAUUUUCACCUUCACGUGCGCUCUGGCUUUUCUGCCAGCAAUUAUCGAUGGAAGGACCAUGAAAUACCAAACCUAUGAAGAAGACGCCCCAGGUACGAUCAUCGGCAACCUGGCCAAGGACAUGUCUGUCAGUCUGUCACUGGGGGGCAAGGCAAAUUUCAGGAUGAUGAAACAGUUCAAUUCUUCUUUUAUCAGACUGAGAGAGUAUGAUGGACAACUAACUAUCGGCGAGAGAAUCGACAGAGAAAAAAUCUGUAAGCAUUCUCUUCAGUGCCUCAUUGCUUUCGACGUUGUUAGUUUUUCUAAAGAACAGUUCAAAUUAAUACAUGUCGAAGUGGAGGUGAAAGACAUCAAUGACAACUCUCCCGAGUUCUCCCGGAGAGAAUCUACCCUUGAAAUCUCAGAAAAUACAGCAGUGGCCACCCGAAUCCCCCUUGAUGUGGCUGUAGACGAGGACGUGGGCACAAACUAUAUUCAGAACUACCAGAUUUCAGUCAAUAGUCACUUUACUAUUGAUGUUCUGAGCAGAGCGGAUGGGGUUAAAUAUGCGGAGUUGGUUCUAAUGAAAGAACUGGACAGGGAGACACAGGCAUCCUAUGCACUGGAGCUCGUCGCAGCCGACGGCGGAAACCCAUCCAGGUCCGGUACCACCAGAAUCAAUGUCAAGGUGAAAGACUACAAUGACAAUAGCCCCGUAUUCGACAGGAACAACUUCUCUGUCGAUUUACCUGAGGACUCACCGGUCGGAACACUCCUUCUGGAUCUAAACGCGGUUGACCCUGACGAGGGCUUAAAUGGGGAAGUUGUGUACGGGUUUGGGAAUCAAGUGCCCUCAGAAAUCCGUCAACUUUUCAAAGUGGACCGAAAAUCCGGGCGACUGACGCUCGAAAGCCCUAUUGAUUACGAGAGCAAGAAAACGUACGAGUUUGACGUCCAGGCGUCUGAUUUAGGUCCAAAUCCGAGCCCCACUAUUUGUAAAAUAAUCAUUCAGGUUCAGGACGUGAAUGACAACGCGCCAGAUAUCAGUAUUACCCCAAUGACCUCUAUCACAGCGGGCAUUGCCUACAUCACCGAGGCGGCUGCGAAGGACAGCUUUGUCGCUCUAAUCAGCACCUCGGACAGAGACUCAGGGGCGAAUGGCCAGGUUCACUGUACCUUGUACGGGCACGACCACUUCAAACUUCAGCAGGCUUACGAGGACAGCUACAUGAUUGUUACCACUUCACCGUUAGACAGAGAAAAGAUCCCUGAAUAUAAUUUGACAGUGGUGGCUGAAGACCUGGGCUCUCCGCCCUUCAGAACGAUAACGCAGUACACAAUCAGACUGAGCGACGAGAACGACAACGCCCCUGUCUUUAGCAAACCUGUGUAUGAAGUAGCGGUCGUUGAAAACAAUGCGCCUGGUGCCUACAUCACAACUGUGGUGGCGAGGGACUUGGACCUGGCGCACAAUGGCAAAGUGACCUACAAGCUGGCGGACUCAUACAUCAUGGGAUCACCGGUGUCGACAUUUGUCUCCCUGGACCCCGCCACGGGUUCACUGUACGCGCUGCGAAGUUUCAACUAUGAGGUCAUCAAACAGCUAAGUCUGCGAGUCCAAGCGAGCGAUGGGGGGUCGCCGCAACUCCACAGCACCGCGACCAUCAACCUAAAAAUAGUUGAUCAGAAUGACAACCCGCCGUCCAUCACACAGCCCGUCCUCAAUAACGGCUCCGCAGAAGUUCUACUGCCAAAAGAUGCCCCUUCGGGUUAUGUUAUAACCCAGAUAAGUGCCAGGGACGCUGACGAGGGCAUCAAUUCAGAGCUGGCGUACAAAAUAACCUCCGGCGAAGUCUCAUUGUUUUCCAUCAACAAAGCCAGCGGAGAGAUCUAUUUGAAUCGCGAGCUGAACUACGACGUCGACGAAAGCUUGCGAGUGACAGUCACAGUCAGUGACAACGGCAGACCUUCUUUGACUUCCACAGCCACAAUACAUUUCACCAUAAUAGCCGGAGCUCCCCCCAGCGACCGAACCAUCUUCAGGCACAGCAGCGACGGGGAGUCCGGUGAAUGGGACCUUUCAAUUGUGAUCAUUGUCGUCCUGGCGGGGAGCUGCACCCUGCUAAUGCUGGCCAUAAUUCUGAUCGCCACCACCUGCAACAAACGUAAGACAGUAAAGAGAGGCCGCGAUUUCGACCCCGAUAAAGAUGGCAUGGCGAACCUGGAGGGUGGGAAGAAUAACAGUGACCAGCUCAUUCCCAUCCACAGCGAGAACGUGUUUGACGUGCAUCCCUAUUCCAACAAGCCCUCUUUCGCGGGAUCUCUGCAGACAGGCAGCGACACCUGCUCCAACUCUGAAGACGGCACAGAAACCACCUGCACCUACGAACCAGACAACAAAACCCACGGCGCCAAACUCGAGCAGGGGUAUUCUACGCUGCCUGGUUACGGAAAAGAAACCCUCAGACCCAUUACCAUAUGGAAAGGAAACUCUUUCACAACCAUCUCAGCGCGAGAUCCACAGUUUAGCGGGAAGGAUAGUGGGAAAGGAGACAGCGAUUUCAAUGACAGCGACUCUGAUGUCAGCGGGGAUGGUCUCAAAAAGGACCAGACUAACGCCCAGAAUGGUUUGUGGGCAUGCACUAGUGAAUGCAAGAUUCUCGGCCACUCCGAUCGAUGCUGGAGUCCUUCGGCUAUCCGGGCGAAUGGCAACUCGGCUCAUGGACAGCACCUCUCUUCAUUCGCCAAGACUGCCUCACUGCCCAGGGACACCCUGCGCAGAGAUAACUACUAUCAGGCGCAACUCCCCAAAACAACGGGUCUGCAGAGCGUCUAUGAGAAAGUCUUGCACAGAGAAUACGACUACAUGUUGGUCACCCCUCCGAGACCCGCGAGGGUGCAAGAAAUUAAUGAUAUUACAAUUCCUGUAUAUGCACCUACGACAACACGCUGUCCAACUAAUGAUGUCUGAAGCUUCUGUUUGCUCUUUCGUUAUAAGUUAAUUAUAUGUAUUUGAAAACAGCCAGUUGCUGCAAAUGUAUGACAAUAUUAUUGUUAUUAUUAUUAUUAUUAUUUCUCAGAGAAAAUAUAUGGCAACAUAUAAUAUUUGUGUAUUAAGAGUGCAUUUUGAUGUCAGUCCUCGUCAAAUUUCGACUUAUCCAAUCAGUGGACUUUGUUGAACAUACUGUGUAUAUUGAGAUUUUGUAAAUACAGAGUAUAUUUUUAUAAUAAUAUUGAAAAGAAGACAGACGGUGAAUCCGAGAAUAUUUUAUUUUAAAGGCAUGUUUAUUAUUUAAAAGGCCCUGAAAUAAUUUUUUAUGGUCGAAAAACCCUAUGUAUCAAGUUGAUAACAUUGUACGAAUAUAUUUGAAUGCCAAAUGUGUUUCUCUUAUUGCUCAAGUUUAUAUCACAUACAUUACAAAUAAAACUGCUGAACAUUAUGCUGUUCUUGAGCCA